CCAAUCCAUGACCCGGCCAAACUUGACGAGAUUAUCUGAAGAACUCGAUUUUCACUUUCCAUUUGUCCACAUUUUCCUGUACGAAUGGAAGUGGGAAUAGAGUCGAGAUCCUUCUCCCGCACAUCCUCCUCCAGUGGAUUCGAGGAAUGGGUAGCGUCAAUGAGGAAGCGCACCGGGAGGAUGUCCUCAUUAUCCCAGUCGCCACAACCGAAGUCGGGCAUUUUGGCUAUCGAAUCCUCAAUGAGUCCAGAUGUGCUAGAAAUCGUAGACUCUAGUAGCGAUGUAAUCGACUCUGGACCAUGUGAUUAUUUGCCAAAAACAAGCCUCUGGGAAAGGCUUGGGGGUGUUUCUAUGAUGGACAUAGAGUCAAGUAACUUCUGCUGGACCUCUCUUUCUUCAUUGCACCAUACGAAACAUACUACUACAAGUUCGGAACCCACCGAUGAUGAUAUUAAUAGAAGUUUUGAGGUGACUGUAAAUUCUGGAGGAGUUGUAUUCAUUGCAUUAUUCAAAACAUCUAAAAAUGGUGAAGUUCCUUCCAAGGAAGCUGCAGCAGUCAUUAAAAUAGCACCAUCAAGGAUGGCCACACAGUCAGAACGGUUCGGGUAUGAACUGGCUAAAUGGCUUGGCGUAAGGACCCCUCAAGGCAGAGUGAUUCAUAGCUCCUCAUGUGAAUGGCAACAAAUAAAGGAUGCAGUAGAGAAUGCUCGACAUGAAGCAAUAGCUGUUGGUGAUGAACUUCAGGAGAUGAUUUGCACUGAGAUGCUAGAAGCUCUUGAACUAAGCCGAUGUCUAUUCCUGAUGAAUUAUGUACACGGAUCCCCUCUACUAGAGAGCACAACACCAUUUGAUUCCCCGGAGUUUGCUGAAAAAACUGCUGAAGCUUUAGGUAGGAUCUUGAUCCUGGACCUCAUUCUGAGAAAUGAGGAUAGGCUGCGGUGUCGGCCCCUUGGUUGGCGUGGAAACUAUGCAAAUUUACUUGUUGCCUACAAAGAAGCUUAUACAAACCUUGAUUCAUUGGAUGAUGUUCAUGAUUCUGCCAUCAUCCGUUACAAGCCAGAGAUAAUCAAAAGCCCUAAGAAACAGAAGGAGAGAAGAUCUGUUUCAAUAAGCGGCAGUGUUGGCUCAGAUAUCUCAGAGCUUUUGCAAGACUCUUAUGAUCAAAUUGAGCCUGAGAUUUCUAGCUUUCAUAUUGUAGCCAUUGAUUCGGGUGUACCACGAAGACCACCCGCCAGUAAACGAACGAAAGAUCAAGAGAGCUAUCCAAGACUGGUGGAACUAACACUAAACAACCUGGACUAUUCUUCGAACCUCUUGUUUGAGGUUUCCAUUGGAAAACUUGGUACCCCUGGACCCGAAGAAUAUGACAUGUCAUCUGAUUAUAGCUAUCAUUCUCCUCUGUCUGAGAGUGAUAUGGUAGCGAUAGUUAAUUCCUUCCGAGGAGGUUUUCGUAGUGCUCUGAGGGACCUUCAACGGUUCCACAUUUUCCUGCUCACACAACAGAGUAAUGCAUUAGGUAAUAUGACAUGAUGUAGAGGGAUAAGC